GCACCAAAAACAUGGCAAUCGUGUGUUUUAUUGACAAAACAGUUGCCGGGAAACCGAAGGCAAAUCACAAAUCCAAGUUGUUCUGAAACCAGUCCAUCAUUUUACCUCAGGUUCGCCCAAAAUUAAAUAGAUUCCUCCUUAAGAUGAUUCAGUACGACACUGUGCAGGUUAAAAAUGUUUCCUGGCAGCCAGAACUGCAAACGGAGGGCACCUAUGUGUGUUCCUUCCCGGAGCCACCGCCGCCGGAACCGCACUUGAACCCGGGCACCUGGCAUGGCCACCUGGAGCCGUAUCAGCGGCUCUUUUAUCACCAGACUAUGAAUUCGGUGCGCUCGAGCAAACGCUACCGGGCCAAUCCAAACGUUCCAAAGGACACUCUGGACUUCUCGCUGCAGUCGCGCUACGACCACACGCGGGAAGCCUUUCCGGACAAAGUAGACUACGUCAUGCAGCGAGAGACGUGCCGAGCAAUAAGCAGCUGGUCGGCUUCCGGGGCGGCUAAGGAAAUCGGGGCCCAGUUCAAGUCAUUCCGGGUGUUGCGCAACACGCGUUUCAUUCGCCGCAAGCAGGAAGACGUGCUAGGUCAUCCACUUCGCAUUGGCGGCUGUAAGGAAAAGAUCCACCCGCAUAGUGUGAAGCUAAUUUGUAGCGGCGUCCAUAACCAGCUGAUCAACAACGGAUUUUCGCGCCAGACCUCCGACGGCAAUUUCUUCCGCUAUUAAUACUGCGAAGAUUUUCCCAGAAAAAAAGAGUUUCGUGUUUUGGAUUUUACAAACAUUAUUGGCAAUAAAUUUGUAACACAGAA